AUGAAAACUCCAGUCUAUUCCGGAUCCAGUUCGAGUGCUGCAACUCCUCUCCUAACACCAAGAAAUUCAGGUUUUAGUAGAAAUGGUGCAGUGAUUGCCACACCUCUAGGAAAUAUGACUCCACAAGAGUAUUCACAGUUAAAGAUUGAACAAGAAAUAGAUUCCCGAAACAGACCACUCACUGAUGAAGAACUAGAUGCUAUUCUUCCAUCAGAGGGUUUUGAGAUUCUUCAACCCCCAACAGAUUAUGUUCCUAAGAGAAGAAAUAGAACAAGUUCUUUUUCAAGUGGAGAAGUGACACCAUUGAAUGGUAGUGCAACACCUUACUAUAGCAUUCCAGAUGAAUUGAAUGCAUCUAAUUUUGGAAUUCAAACAGGAACUCUUGGAGCAGACAUGCCUGAAAUGAAACCAGACGAUUAUCAAUAUUUUAGUAAACUCUUAGAGGAAAAGGAAGAAAAGGAUAUGAGUGAUGAAGAAAAAGUGGAGAGAAAAAUUCUCAAAUUGCUCUUAAAGAUUAAAAAUGGUACCCCACAAAUGAGAAAACAAGCUAUGAAGUUUAUUACAGAUCAUGCCAAAGAAUUGGGGGCUGGUCCUUUGUUCGAUCAAAUAUUGCCACUAAUGAUGUCAACAACUCUGGAAGAACAAGAAAGACACUUGUUGGUCAAGUUAAUUGACAGAAUUUUAUACAAAUUGGAUGACCUAGUUAGACCUUAUGUACACAAGAUAUUACUUGUAACUCAACCAAUGUUGAUUGAUGAAGAUUAUUUCACCAGAAUUGAAGGAAGAGAAAUUAUUGCUAAUCUUGCAAAAGCUGCCGGUUUGGCCACAAUGAUAGCUGCUAUGAGACCUGAUAUUGAUCACGCAGAAGAGUAUGUAAGAAAUACAACCAGUAGAGCCUUUGCAGUUGUUGCUAGUGCUUUGGGUGUUCAAAACCUGUUACCUUUCCUAAAGGCUGUUUGUAAAUAUAAGAAGACUUGGGAAACUAGACAUACUGGUAUGAGAAUCGUUCAACAUAUUGCCAUUCAAUUAGGUUGUGGUGUAUUGCCAUAUUUAACAGAACUGGUAGAAAUAAUCAAGGAUGGAUUUAAUGAUAGUGAACCAAAAGUGAGGAGCAUGACUGGUUUAGCUGUUGCUGCUCUUGCCCAAUCAUCAGCUCCAUUCGGUAUUGAAUCAUUUGAAUGUGUUUUGAAACCAUUGUGGAAAGGUUUGUCAAACAAUAAGGGUAAGAUUCUAGCUGCAUACAUCAAAGCUGUGGGUUAUAUUAUCCCACUCAUGGAUGCUACCAGCGCUAAAAAAUAUACUUCUGUUGUGAUUGAUAAUAUUGUUAAACAAUUUGAUAGUCAAGAAGAAGAAAUGAAAAGAAUAGUUUUGAAGGCAGUAGCUCAAUGCGUGGCUACCGAUGGUAUUGAUGCAACUUUUGUCAGAGAGAGAAUUAUUCCAAAAUUCUUUUCUAGUUUUUGGGACAGAAGUAUGGUUAAUGAUAGAAGAAACUAUAAUCAACUUGUAGAAACAACUGUUGCAAUUGCCACAAAUGUUGGCUGUUCCCUUGUUGUUGGAGAGCUUAUAAGCAAUUUGAAAGACGAAAAUGAACCAUUCAGACACAUGACCUUGGAAACAAUCACCAAAAUUAUUGAAAAUCUAGGAACUGCUGAUAUUGGUGAACGUUUGGAAUUGGAAAUAUUGGAAGAAUGUCUCAUUUUCUGUAUUGUCCAAGAUCAAAGUAGUCCUGUAAAUGAUAAGAAGAAUUAUUAUCUUGUAAUUAACUCUGUUGCCACAAUAAUGAAAGCAUUCGGUAUUAGAUGUAAAAAGUACUUGCCAAAGCUUACAGGUACUAUUCUUCACAGGUUAACCAACAAGUCUGAGAAGGUUAGACAACAAGCAGCUGAUUUAUUGACAGACAUGAUAUCAAUAGUGAAGCUUUGCAAUGAAGAAACUCGUCUAACUCAAUUCAAAAUGAUAAUCUACGAAUUUUUAAGAGAUGAAGAAUAUCCUGAUGUUUUGGGAUCUGUAUUAGCUUCUAUGAAUGCCAUUGUAGAGGCUCUUGGUGAGGGUGAUGAGUCCAAACCAUCGAUAGACGAAGUUCUCACCAGAUGUACCCCAAUUCUUAAAAACAGGAACGAGAAGGUUGAAGAAAAUCUUAUCAACCUGAUUGGUACAAUUGCCAAGACAUCAGCAAAUAGAGUGAGUGGUAAGGAAUGGUUAAGAAUUUGUUUUGAUUUAUUGGAAGUGCUUAGAGCUCACAAGAAAUCAAUCAGAAGAGCAGCUAUCAAAACUUUUGGUUAUAUUGCCAAGGAAAUUGGUCCAUCAGAUGUGUUGGUAACUCUUCUAAGCAAUCUUAGAGUCCAAGAACGUCAAAACAGAGUGUGUACCACUAUCGCUAUUGCCAUUGUUGCUGAAACCUGUGGCCCAUUUACAGUGCUUCCAGCCCUCAUGAAUGAAUACCGAGUACCUGAGCUUAAUGUUAGAACUGGUGUACUCAAAUCACUCUCCUUCCUAUUUGAAUAUAUUGGAGAUUUAUCUACUGAUUAUAUCUAUGCUGUUACGCCACUCAUUGAGGAUGCCUUAAUGGACAGAGAUCUUGUUCACAGACAAACAGCAUGUGCAGCCGUGAAACAUAUAGCACUUGGUGUGUAUGGCAGAGGAAAAGAGGAUAUUCUACUCCACUUGUUGAAUUAUGUUUGGCCCAACAUUUUCGAAACAUCCGCCCAUGUUAUCAACUCUGUCAUGGAAUCUAUUGAGGCUCUUCGUGUAGCAUUGGGCCCUUGUGUAUUUUUACAGUAUUUAUUGCAAGGUCUGUUUAGUCCUGCAAGAAAGGUUAGAAAUGCCUUUUGGAAAGUUUACAACAAUGUAUAUAUUGGUCACCAAGAUGCACUUGUACCAUUUUACCCAAGCAUAACCAACGAAGAGGAGAACCAUUACGAAAGAACAGAGCUUAAUUGGUUCAUAUAA